AUGCGAUUUCGGAUAUUGCUAUGCUUUCUAAUCAAUGCUAUUUCUGCUUCUAAAAUUGCGAUUUUUACAUUUGAGCACUCAAACAGUCAGGCAAUUUUCAACAACAAACUUGCCAUUGCCCUAGCUGAUGGAGGCCAUGAAGUACUACUCGUGCGACCCGUUGUCAACUCGAAACUCACCGUCGAAUCACUGAUCCAUGCCCAAAUCAAAACAUUCACGCCCAACAAUGGAUAUGAUUAUGAAAUCUAUCGCCCGUUUGAAGACGUCAAAAUCAAGCACAUGUUCCGGAAUUCUUCGAUUUUUGAAGGCUUCGAGAUGUCAUCAACGUUUUUCGAUCUCAGUAUGCACAUCUGCAAUAACACCCUCAGUGAUCAAGCUUUGAUCAAACAUUUGAAAGAGGAAAAAAUCGACUUGGCUUUCCAUCAUCACAUGGACUUUUGUCAAAUGGCGUUGAUUCAACACUUGAACAUUAGUGACUUGCCACCGUAUCCCGCACUGCUCAAUUCGGCCGGACAAUUCGUUCCGACAAGUGUGCUGCCAUCGUAUGUGCUUCAAACCGGAAACGAAAUGAGCUUCUUGCAAAGAUCCCUCAACCACUUUGUCGAGUUCUUGAACGGUCAUCUCCGACUCUCAAAACAAGCCGACGGACAAACGGAACUCGCGAGAAGACUUCUCGGCAAUCACAUCACAAAUCUCAUUGAUUUUCCCAAAACAGCGAAUCUCGUGAUGCUCAGCGGUGAUCCAAUCAUCGAAUUCCCCAUCCCAACAACCAGAAAAGUUGUUUACAUCGGCGGUUUGGGGACGAGAAAGGAAACAAAGGAAUUACCAAAAGAAUUCGAAAACUUCAUCACCGAUGCCCGAAAAAUUUUGCCGCCGAAUGCUUUUCGAGCCUCGUGGAUACCGCAAGACUCAUUGCUAGCCAACAACAAAUCCAUCCUCCUAAUCACACACGCUGGCUACAACAGUUUAAUGGAAGCUGUUCAACAUGGAAUCCCCACGAUCGCCAUUCCUCUAUUCAGCUUCGGAGAUCAGGCUAGAAAUGCACAUCUAUUCAAGAAACAUGGCACAACUAGAUCACCACAGAAAAGAGUUUCAAAGAACGAGCACUUGGCCUCCAACACAUUAUUU